AUGGGGCGUGGUAACUACGUGUUGCUGUGCUCAUUAAGGUUAGCUUUAUGCUAAUUGGACGUCAGGUUUGACCAAUGAGCAUGAGGACAUUUUAGCUGAUGGAGGGGACCAAGUCCGAGCUUCUGGGUUAUUGGAAUUUCACGACAUCAGUAAGUUGGUCGAACAAAAGUGUCGGGGAACAUAAUAAAGAGUCAAGUUCAAGGGGGCGUUCAGAGUUUCGAAAUGGCAACUGACGAGCUUUUCUUGUCCUCGUUUUACGGUCAGGCUUGUGUCAAUGGUGAUGGUGGAAAUAGCAGCUUUUCCGAGUCAGGUUUUAGUCCUCAGGAAGAGGGAGUGGCGGAGUUCAAACUCUGGUCUCCCACUGCUCACAGUAACCCCUAUGAACUCACGAAUUGUGCACUGAACAGCAUCAAGAGCAGGAAAACCACUGAAAAACAUGAAAUUGAGGAGGAGGUUGAUCUGCAGUGUUUAGUGUCCAGUAUUUUGGAUGAAGGUGAUGAGAUCCAGAGUGGAUUCUACAAUAGGGGAAACCCAUCUCCUGCCAAUGGUCUUUGGAGUCCCAAGACAUUGAAAGAAGACUUUUUACAGUAUCCUGGAGUUGAAGCGAAUGAUAAACUUCCUUACUCUCGUCCCAGUGAUGCUUUCAUUCGAUCUCAAAUGGUGUCUCGAAAUGAGCGGUUUCUCCAGAAGCUCAGUGGCAUUUCCGCUCAUCCGCACUGGCCAAGUAGUGUUCGUAAUGGAGACAGAGAUAGCUAUGGCAGUCACCCAAACGGAUUGCCACCAGUUCUUCCCAUUCCCAAAACAGCGAACCACCUCCCACCACAGACACUGGAGAGCAACCAUGAGCCAUCAGCCGAUUUGUACGCAGCAAAUCAUCGGUCCUUUAACAACUUCCCUCAAAUCAGUGAUGCCUUUCAGUUCCAAAACAAAAUGAGCAAACCAUUGUGUGAUCAUUACGAGAGCGCCACGAGCGCAAAGCCCAUUCAUGAUAAUCAGCAAGACAUGCCGGAACACAUGAACCAACUGGUUAGUGGUUUGCACUCUCUCUUGGCUGAUGAGUCUAAUCAAGGACGCUAUGGAUGUUUUCCAAACAUAGAACGAGAGACAGAAUACCCUGAAGACAGCAUACUUGAGCAACGGAAAUUCCCCAGCCAAUCAAUGCCAAUGUUACGCGAAAAACAGCUGGAGGGAGAAUUUUGGGGCCGAGAUAUCAAACCAGCAUUUAAGCGUAAGGAUGUUCAAGAACCAUCGUGGCUGGGCAACGGAAUUGCUGAAUAUUCCCCGCAACUAAAGCCCGUCUCACUAUCCUUAAAUCCCCCAAAUCAAUGUCCCAAUAUUAUAAAUAGGAACCAGUACUCCAAUCUCCGCUCCAAGCAGGGGCAGUACAAGAUGAAAUCACUGAUGCAGAAAGAAACAAAGAUGUCUGGCUUCUUUGAAGAGAGGCCGCAAACUGUCGCUCGCGUGGCGGAGACACACGGGAGACCACAUGUUGACCAUCUGGGCGGCAUGGAGAGAUUUAAUGGAGAAAACAUCAUGGGGAAGAACGCGCGGCCAUACAGACCUCCCGCUCACGUCGACAGUGGCCCCACAAGGUUCACCCAGCUGCCUCUCAAAUCUCAAAAAGACACAACGCCUCAUGGAAGCGGUCCCGGCAUGACUCCCGCUGCGGGGACGACUGGAAACAGCGCCGCGGCAUUGUACAGUCAGCUCAAGGGCGCCGAGACUCACAAUGGAGGGAGCACUUGUAAAUACGGGGACUCUCCUCUGGCAGCUUUAUUGCAAAAGAAUCCUGAGGGAGUUAUCAUCCAGUUUUACCUCCAUCUGGAUGAAUGCUCUGAGCAGUUAGGCUAUCUGGAAGGGGAGAGGAAGAAGGUCGAGGUCAUCCUGGCCAAAACAUUUCCGGGCGAAUGGACACCAUUGUCGCCCCUGACACACCCACCCGGACUUGCGCUCCACCCGACCAGAAUCGACUCUCUCAUCUUUAAUCAGAGGAGAGAGCAGGCCAAUGUGAAUUGGGUUUUGUACAACAUGGAGUACCUGUGCAACGUACCUCUCCAUGAUACCAUUCACAUGGCGCUGAACAAUCAUCACCAGGCCUUAUCUUGCGUCCAGGCAAGAUGCGGGAAAAAGCUUGCCAACACGUCUAAGCGUCAGUGGCUUGGACCUCCACUCACAGAGGACUACGACCGCGUGCUGUUGGUCAUCGCCCUGAAGGAGCUCGCCGUGACCACCAGGAAGCUCCGUACAAGCCUUUGGUGCGCUCUCCAGAUGUCCGUGCCCACUCCCGUCAAGAGGCCGGAGGAAGGCCCCGAUGCCAACAGGGAGAUCCGUAUAGCUCUUUGGCGUUCUCUCUUGAAGACUGCCCCCCUGCCCAGUCAGUAAGCCCGAAGACCACAUCGGCACAAACGGGGAGGAAACACACACACACACACACACACACAGGGCUGCCCUUACGCUAUUACAUUAAUCUAGCGCGACAACACCCAGCCCAGUUAAGAGGCACUCACAGAAUUUAUCAAAUCAGAAAAAAGCCCCUUCAAUGGAGCACCGAGCUAAAAUUUGAGUCAAGGUGAUCAGCAGAGCACGUGAUGCGCAAAUUAAUAAUCAAGGUUCCUUCCUCAAUUGAUUCGAAUCCAUCCAUAACAAAACUAUUUAAAUUAACUAUUUAUGGGAGUUCUUUAAAAUCAUUUAUUGGUUUGUUCGUUCGCCUUAAAACUAUUUGAAUCCAAAAUUAUGCAGAUAUUCUGCUGUGUUUGUUUUGCUUUAGUUGGAACAUUUUUUUUUCUUCUUUUAAUCUCAAACCGAUUAACCAUUUGGACCGGAACAUUAAAAGUAAUUUUAAUUACUGUUUGUCAUACCACCAUCAGUGAAAUAUCACAAAGUCAAGUUGAGACAUGCCGCAUGUCAGCCACUGCUCUGGAUAUGCCGGGCACGAGUUGAAAUAUAGAAAGAAAAAUGUUUUAUAUUACAGAAACGGCCGUUUGUUGUGUUAGCCGAGUUCACUGUCCUCAUUCGUCAAUCACAACAUUUUAGAUGUGAUAAGUGUCUUGCUGGUAUUCUGAUCGUUGUGGGCCUUGUAUUUUUCUUAUUUCCAGUCAUAAUGGUUCGAAAGUGUUCUCCUGUUUCUACAUUUGUACAACUGAAGCAUUUCAAAUAAAAGCAAUUGCAAUCA